AUGGCGGACCGUGAUUGGGACCGUGAACAGAAAGUAACCAACAAAUCUCGCGUACGCCCAGUGGAAGAUGAUCGUGAGUACAGCUAUCGCCACGACAGACGCUACGAGCAGGACUAUCGUGACCGGGAUCGGGACCAAUACUACGAGCGUGACUAUCAGAAUCGAGACCGGGACGGCCACUACUACGCAGACGACUACAGGCGGUCUCUUGACGAUGAUCGACGCUAUGAACGACGAGGAACGCUGGCCAAAGGCGAUGUGGUAGUUGACCGGCGCCAAGUCGUCGAUAGGGAUGUCUACGACCGUGACAUGUACUACCGUGAUCGAGACAGGGAUCGAGACCGGGAUCUCGCCCUGGUAUCACGGCCCAGGGCAUCGACACGGACUGAAUACGACAUGCUCAGUGACAGAGACGAUUUUGUUACUAGAUCUUCUGACAGCAAUGUCAUCGUGCUGGACAGUCGAGGUCGAGACAAUGGGGCAAUGACAGAUUGGGAGAUCAUCAGGCCUGAGAAGACUGAGUCAGGUGCUAUUAUAAUUGACGCGAACGAUCUGAGCGGAGGGCGAGGGCGCUACGAAGUGGUGGCGUCUGGAAGAGAACGGUCGGUACGCAGCAGGAGCAUUGUGGAUGCUAUGAGGGACGUGCGGGUGACUGAGGAUGUGGAUGAUGACAAGCGGAGCGUCUAUGGUCGCGGCGAUAGGCGAAGCAAAGUCGAUGUUGCGGUUGGCGCCAGGCCCGACAGGUUGCGCAGGGUACCGACUGCACUCCGACAUGACCAUUCGCCAAGCUCAGACGUUCGGAGGAGAUCUCGGAGCAUUGGCUUUCGUCGUUCAGAAAUCAAGAAUCACGACGUCUGGGAGAGGAAGCACGAGCGGCCCGGAGCAGAAGCUGCGAUCGCUGGUCGAUAUCUGAUCGAUCAUCGUGGAGAGAGAAUUGAUGACGACGAUUUUAGCCAUGCUGCGAGCGGUACUGGGAGAGACAGGAGCAGAAGCCGGAGGAGAAGAAAGCACCGUAGCCACCACGACGACGAUGACUACUACGGGCGGCGAGAUCGCUACCAUGAGACGGAGAGCCACAUCAAUGAUACUUUCGUCGAAAGGUCGAGACCCUAUUCGCCACAGAGAGCGCCGUCGCCGGAUGAAGUAUCUGACCGAGACGAGAAGCGGAAGCACAGGCGGCAUCGUCGCCAUCGAUCGCGGAGGAGAAGGGAGGAGAAGGACGUCGAGGUUGAUGAAGAAGAUGAUGACAGGAAGUCUUACUACUCCGAGCGCUAUACCAAGACAAAAAGGGAGUAUGAUUGA